AUGGCCCAUUCGUCGAUUGAAUGUAGCACAACGACUACUCUGCCGGUAACAAAUUGUGUUGUUGAGGAACCUCGACCAUCAAGAGAAUCGAUAUUGGAAAAAUUGAUUCGAUUCUUCCGAAAUCGUCCCAGCGUUGAUUCUCUCAAGGAGAAGGGAAUUUAUAAGCAUGAACCGGUAUUUGGCAGUACGUUGUCAGCAAUAUGUCAGCUGGAAAACAGUCUAGUACCCAAAUUUAUUCGUGUAGUCACAGAAUUGAUUGAAAGCCGAGGGAUGGAGGUUGAUGGACUUUAUAGGGUGAGCGGCAACUUGUCUGCUGUGCAAAGAAUUCGUUGUCAAGUGGAUCAAGACAAGUACAAUGCACUAGUAAAUGAAGAGGAUGUGCACGUUCUGACAGGAGCGCUGAAGCUGUUUUUUCGUGAACUGGCAGAGCCCGUGUUCCCUCUUUCAAUGACGAAAGAUUAUCUGAACGCCAUAAAAUUGCAAAAUCCAAGACAACGUUUCAAGCGAUUCGACGAACUCCUUCGAAUGUUGCCGGCAGAGAACAGGGAGACACUGAAAAUGUUGCUCCGACAUUUGCAAAGGGUUGCCUCACACUCGGACAAGAAUCGAAUGCAAACGCAUAAUUUGGCUAUAAUGUUUGGUCCGACGUUAUUUAACAGUGGAGAUGAAAAGGCACCGGCAAAGAAGAAAGACGUAGGGAAAAAGAAGAAAGAUCAUAAAAAGAUACUUUGUAUGCCAUUGCACAUUCCCAUUGGGCGAUAUUGGGCGUAUCCUAAUUUUUGUAAGGUAGAAAUUAUGGAUAUCUUUUGUUUUCAGGACGAAGCGCCACCGGUGCAGUCGAAUUCGCACCUAGCCUUCAACAUGAUCAUGCAGGGACAGAUCGUGGAAUAUCUACUUACCGAGCACAGCAAAUUUGAAGCGUUACAGGGUCCAGUGCAGACUCAUCCACAUUAA